AUGCACUUCGACGAUCUUCUCAAGACUCUUGGGGAGUUUGGCACCUUUCAGAAGAGACAAUACGCCCUGAUAUGUAUACUGAGCUCCUUGUCAGUCAUGGGUACGUUGGGAAUUGUGUUUUUAGGUGCUCAGGUGGACCAUCAUUGUAAGGUCCCUACUCACUACAUAGACUGGGUAACACAGGCUUUCGGAGCACUACAUUUGGAGAGAAGUAACAUCACUACAGAACCAUGUCCAGAGGGAAGAAUUUAUAGCGAGGAACCGUUUAAGAGCACACUUGUUUCUGAGUUUGACCUGUCUUGUGAGAAUGCAUGGCAACUGAGUACUUGCAAGUCAGUGUUGUUUGCCGGAAAGCUUUUGGGAAUGUUAGUGUCAGGUGUAAUAUCGGACAGGAAGAUCGUUGAAGAUUUAAAACUUCUUAACUAUUUGCAUUUGGUGCCAGGAAUGGAGUUCGUAGGUACAAGCAAGCGGCGUAUGGCCGGCCUCAUCAUCGGAAUGGUUUUUGGUUUAGGACACGCUUUACUUGCACUGGAGGCGUACUUUAUACGCAACUGGCGCCAUCUAGCGCUGGUGGCAAAUUCACCCGCAGUGAUCUUUGCAUUGUUUUGGGUUCUCCCGGAAUCAGUACGAUGGCUGCUCGCUCAGGGUCGACAUGACGAGGCAAAGGCAAUCAUUACAAGAGUAGCUGUCGUCAACAAGGUCACACUGGAUCCAGAUGUACUCGAUGGCUUUUUAUUGAAGGGAGACCAGGAGAAGAGGGUAACGCACACUCCUGUUGAUUUACUGAAAACCUUGGAUAGGGCUAAAGUGACACUUAAUAUCGCUUUGGUCUGCACUAAGGGGUUGAAGCAGGGUCCUGGUCAGGCAGAGAACGAUAUUGUAAAGUUUGAUAGCACUCAUACGGCAGCGGGGCUGUAUCCUCCCCAGGGAGGCGAGAUUGUGUACACAGCGUGUUUUGACCAUUUGUAUACUUGUCAUAUGUUUGUGAACGCUUUUGUAUAUUAUGGCCUCUCAUUUGGUACUCAAGCUCUCGGAGGCAGUUUUUACCUCAAUUUUGCACUUAUGGGCUUGGCUGAAAUUCCGGGACAAUUUCUGGUGUUAUUCGUUUUGGAUAGGAUAGGGCGUCGAAAGAUUCUUUUCAUCUUCAUGGCAAUUGGUGGACUAGCAUGUGUUUUUGCUGUGCUCAUACCGAAUGACAUGCAAUGGCUGACUGUAACACUGGCUUUACUGGGGAAGAUGGCAAUAAGCACCACCUUUGCUGUCAUCUAUAUGGUUACUAGCGAGAUCUAUCCCACUGUGAUAAGGCACGUCAGCUUAAGCUUCCAUUCCUCUAUUGGACGGUUAGGUGGUCUUUUGGCUCCUCAGAUUCUCCUCUUGGAAACUGUCUACAAGCCGUUGCCGUUCAUAGUAAUUGGGUUGUGUUCCGUGACCGCCGGAGGGCUGGCAAUGUUGCUGCCAGAGACCCUGGGAAAACCCCUGUCUCAGACCAUGGCCGCUUUCGACACGGUGAUAAAUGGAAGAACAACAACGGUCCAGAAUCAAGAGGGAUGA